GCUAUUACCUAACCUGCCGUAAACCCUUUUCAAAAACCUUGUCGCUGCUUCCGCCGUCCUAAGAUCAUUUGUGCCUGUGAGGGCGUCCGCUUUGCUUCAUCUGUGGUGACGGUGCAGUCGCGGUUUCGUCACACGAAAGAACGUUUAGAACACUUAUCAUCAAGCCAGCCUCAUCGACGCCCGGUGGCUACCCCCACUAUCUAUCAGCUGGCCCUGACUUUAUCUACUUUAACCGACUAGAAAAAGGAUCGUCGCCUUCACAACAGCAGGAUUUGCAGCCAAGUUGUUGCCAUUACCUAACCUGUCGUGAACCCUUUUCAGGUUGACCGGAUGGCAUGGACAAUGCAAGUCACCUUCUUAUGUCUUGUGCUAAAACUCAACUUGGCCGAGGCUGAUUUUAAGGACGCUGUUGAUUAUAUAUAUAACAACUCUCAAGCCGUAAGGCUGCUAUUCUUACGAAAGAUGACGUUUUACGUGGUCGGAGGUACAUUCGAGGAAGACCCUGUUUUUCCGCUGGAUCCAACCGGAAUACCUUUCAAGUGUGCAGAAGUACACACAGAAAAAAAAUCCGACGAUAAAUUUUCUUUGGAGAGACGGAUUUGGACCCAUAGACUUCCGAACAAUUGGUUAAAUUCGACGUAUGACAUAGUACCCAAGACAUCAUCAGGAUAUGGGGCUCCGAACUACAUGGACAUCUACAGAAUAUAUGGAAACAGAACUCAAGCAGGAACAAUGUAUCUCUUGUUGUCAGACGUCAACUCAUGCGCUCUCUUGUACCAUGAAAAGUCAAGUCACUGCGAGCUUUGGGAAACUCAGCGUCCGGGGAAGGAUGGACUGCCUUCUUCUUUCUGCUCCAGUUAUAUACACGCAUGCAACAAUAAUACUGUCAUUUGGUACUACAAUGACACUGUCUGCCACCGCAAGUAAUCCUUUCCUGGCAAAGUCAGUGUCACGAAUAAAUUGA